GCGUGUGUGUGCGGCUGCGGGCUCUCGGAUUGGAGAUGAAGGAAGAAAGGGCAGUUUCGAGGAAGUGACGGACGGCGCUCGGGGGACUGGUCAGAGGAAGUUUGCCGUGUGCUGGUGCCGUGCCGCUGAGCCAAACUUUUCCCCCUCAAGCGGCGGCAGCACCGGGGAUUGGGACGGACGGAUCCAGCGGCGGCGGCGGUGGUGGUGGAGGAGGAGGAGGGAGCUUUUUGUUUCCUCGCCACAACACUCGCUGCUCUGAGGAAUAACUCUAACAGGGGGGCUCGCACAGGAAUUUCACUCCUUUAACCUAAACCCCCUCCUUUUUUUUUUACCUCCUCUUCUCCCCGCGCCUGGUUUGGUGGGGUUUUUUUAAUUUUGUUUCUAUUUCCUUGGGAGCCGAGAUGGGGAAGGAGCAGGAGCUUCUGGAAGCGGCGCGCACAGGAAACCUGGCCGCGGUGGAGAAGCUUCUCUCCGGGAAGCGACAGUCCGCAGGCGGCGCGUCUGGAACCGGGGGAAGCGGCAACAGCGGCGGCUACGGCGCCACCUCUCACCCGCUCUCCAGUCUGCUCAGUAUCUGGAGAGGACCCAAUGUGAACUGUGUGGACAGCACUGGAUACACGCCGCUCCAUCACGCCGCCCUUAAUGGACACAGCGACGUGGUGGAGGCGCUGCUGCGAAACGAGGCCUUGACCAACAUUGCAGACAACAAGGGCUGCUACCCCCUCCACCUGGCUGCGUGGAAGGGGGACGAGCACAUCGUAAAGCUCCUCAUUCACCAGGGACCUUCACACCCGAAACUCAACGAGCAGAGCUCUGUAGACCAUAAAGAGUUCAAACGCUGUGGGCCCUUUGACCCCUAUAUUAAUGCCAAGAACAACGACAACGAGACGCCGCUGCACUGCGCCGCCCAGUACGGCCACUCGCAGGUGGUGCGGCUCCUGCUGGAGGAGCUGACGGACCCCACCAUGAGGAACAACAAGUUCGAGACCCCGCUGGACCUGGCCGCGCUGUACGGCCGGCUGGAAGUGGUCAAGCUGCUGCUCACCGCCCACCCCAACCUGCUCAGCUGCAACACCAAGAAACACACGCCGCUGCAUCUGGCCUCCCGGAACGGCCACCUGUCCGUGGUGGGCGUGCUGCUGGACGCUGGCAUGGACAUCAACUACGAGACGGAAAAAGGCAGUGCGCUCCACGAAGCUGCGCUAUUUGGCAAGAUAGACGUGGUACAGAAACUCCUCAGUGCAGGUAUCGACGUGAACAUCGUGGAUCAGAAGGGACUGACGGCGCUGGACACUGUCAAAGACAUGCCGUCUCAGAAGAGCAGGCAGAUCGCCGCGCUCAUCCUAGGUCACAUGACUGGAAAACCUCCCGACAUCGACCUCCCUCCUCCACCGAUACCUCCGCCUCAGGAGAGCCCCAGCCCGCGGAAGAAGGGGGACCUGGAGAAGGUGAGCGAGCUGAUCUCGGGGCUGGCCCCGGGGCCCGAGGAGGAGAGCCCGUAUGAAGCUCUGUUUGAAGCCACUUCCUGCCACUCUCUGGACAGCCUCACCAGCGGAAAGUCUUCAGACAGAGACUCGGGAAGGCCCGAUAGUGAAGCCGGCAAGAAGGACCGCCUGGGCCACUCGUCGCACGUUCCUGGUCACGAGGAGGAGGUGAGCUCAGAGGCAUUGUAUACAAGCAGCAGUAUUGAUGAGAGAGGAGAGCUGGUGGAGGAGGAGGAGGAUCAUACAUAUGAGCUGUUGCUGACUGCGCAGACCAAAGUUCCAGCACCCAGCCCGGAGCCCCCAUCCCACAGAGACGAGAAUAGAACCAUACAGUCUUCCAACAGUGUGCUACCUCAGCGUAAACCCUCUGCUCCCAACGACCUCAGAGCCCCCAGUAAGACGAAAGACAGUCUGCACCCGCCUGGACGGGCGGGCCGUCGAGCCAGCGGAGAGAACGUCCAGCUCAGCCAGGAUCAGGGAGCAGGUGUCCCGGAGCAGUUCACCGGCCUGCUGCACGGAUCCUCUCCAGUCUUCGACUGCCGCGACGAGCCCUUCAGGCUUCCGGGUGUCGCGCCGCCCAAACAAGGAGAGCCGGAGUCCGUAAAACCCGCCAAGGUAAAAGAGGAAGCAGCAGCAGCGGCGGCGGCACCGCCACCUAACCGCCCCAGCAUGGCCGCCAUCCUGACAGACUGCGACCCCAAAGCAAUUUAUGCGACUGUGAACAAGGAGCCCAGAGACUCGGGGGCCGGGGCCGGGAGGAUGCGGCCUCCCGGGGACCUGAAGCUGGCGCGCAGCCUGUCCAAGUCGGACUCCGACCUGCUGGUGUCGCCUCCUAGUGAGGAGGAAGGAGGACUGGGGAACCGAAGCGAGUCCGUUUCUAACUGUAGCACCGGCAAGAAGAGGCUGGAGAAAUCGCCGUCUUUCACGUCAGAAUGGGACGAGCAGACACCGACGACUUCUCCCACCACAAAACAGCGACGAUCUAAUUCCUUUGACAGCAUCGAGAAGAUCAUGACACUGAUUGGAGCAGGCAUCGACUUUUCCAGAGAUCAGCAAUAUGCUACACCAGGUGCGGCGGGCCGGCUGCUGGACCAGCCCGUGGGAGACUGGCUGGAGCACGUGGGGCUGCCGCAGUACGAGAGCAAACUUCUCCUCAACGGCUUCGACGACCUGCACUACAUGGGGAGUAACGUCAUGGAGGACCAGGACUUGAGAGAGAUUGGAAUCACGGAUCCAAGUCACAGAAAGAAGAUCCUACAUGCAGCACGUUCGUUACCAAAGGUGAAGGCGCUGGGCUGCGACGGCAGCAGCUCCCUGUCCUCCUGGCUGGAGAAUCUGGGCCUGCACGAGUACCUGCACAACUUCCUGGCCAGCGGCUACCACUCUCUGGACUGCAUCAAAAACCUGUGGGAGCUGGAGAUCGUCAAUGUGUUGAAAAUUUCGCUGCUCGGUCACAGGAAACGAAUCAUCGCUUCUUUAGCAGAGAGACCGUAUGAGGAGCCUCCGGUCAAACCUCCUCGAUUGUCUCAAAUACGGUGCCAAGACCUGCCCGGCUCCCAGAGCUCGUCUCCGCUCAGCCAGAUGGAGCCGUACUCCGGCCGCUCCAUGGACCCCCUGCUGCCUGUGGGAGAGUCGGGACGGAAAAAAGUUCCGGACGGCGACUAUGACGCCUCCCAAAAACAUCGCGGCGAGCGACACAGGCCUCAUGAGCGGUAUGAGGACUUCCAUCGAGAGCCCCGUCUCACCCUGCGGCCGCCCAGCCUCGCCGCCCCGUACGCCCCGGUGCAGAGCUGGCAUCACCAACCCGAGAAGCUCAUCUUUGAAUCCUGCGCUUAUGAAGCUAAUUACCUUGGCUCCAUGCUCAUUAAGGAACUGAGGGGGACCGAGUCCACGCAGGACGCUUGUGCCAAAAUGCGGAGGUCAACAGAACAAAUGAGAAAAGUCCCGACCAUCGUCCUCUCAAUCACAUACAAGGGAGUGAAGUUCAUCGAUGCAGCAAAUAAGAACAUCAUUGCGGAGCACGAGAUUCGUAACAUCUCCUGUGCAGCUCAGGAUCCAGAGGACUUGUGCACGUUUGCAUACAUCACUAAGGACCUGCAGACCAGCCACCAUUACUGCCACGUGUUCAGCACCGUAGACGUGAACCUGACCUAUGAGAUCAUCCUGACCCUGGGUCAGGCCUUCGAGGUGGCCUACCAGCUGGCUCUGCAGGCCCAGAGGACCAAACAGCACCAGAACUUCCCCGUGGGACCCGGUUCAGAGGUCAUCGAGACCAAGUCCAGCCGGCCCGUCCCCAGACCGCGGGGCAGCGUCCGCAAAUCAGGGGGGGACAUGGUGGACCAGGAAGGGGACGCCCAGUCCCAGAGCAGCGCCACGUGGCUCGUGGAUCCCAAGGAGUCCAAGCGCACGAUCAGCACUAAGUACGAGACCACCAUAUUCUGAGCGCCUCCGCCCCUUCUCCUCUGCCUGCUGGGCCCUGGUCUCGCCCUCCUCUUCCUCCUCCUCCUCUUCCUCCUCCUCCUGUGUGCCUUUCACUGUGACUCUGCCUCUCUCCGGGCUGGACCUCUGCCCUCCCCUCUGCCCCCCUCCAGCCGUCGCUCCUGUCCUCCUCUGACAGCACCACUGUGACAACUGACCGACUGAUCCCGCUCUGCUCCUGCGUUCCACUAAACCACCGUCCACUUCUACACUUUUUAAGUAAAUGCUCCUGCAAAGUUUCCUGCUUUUCCCCCGCUGCGGCUGGUUUCACCCACACCGCCAACCUGCCGCCCUCCUACACCGCUGUUCUCUCUGUUUGCUCAUCUGUUCUUCCUCAGCUCUGUGUGCAGUCCAUCCUUUUUUCCCCCCCACUCCCAACAGUUGUCAUCCUGCUGAUGUACUCUUGGUGACAGGCUCUUUCUUUCUUUUUCUUGGUGCUUUUCCCGCUCUGUUAGGCGACGGCCGCUCUGAGGCUUUUCACUCUGAUCUUUCAUCUGCCGACUCCUCCGAGCGCUGAGAAACAUGCGAUUUACUACAGCCGGGAGCGACUCGCUGCGCUCAUCCUGUACCUGGACGGACACGUUUCCUGAGGAAACUGUGAAGCCAGGCCUGUAAUUCUAUGCACCAGUCAGAUUCUGGCAGAUUGAGUCACAGGUGUUGGAAGGGGGGCUACACACACAGAAAGAUAUCGGGGAGGUUUUAUUAGAGGCAGUCUGUGCUUGAAGCCAAAGGAGGCUGAGAUCCUGACACUGUGAUCAGGUCCGUUCUGAAGGUAAAGAAGUGUGCAUUAUGGGGUUAUUUUGUAAAGGGGACAGAAUAAGGACCUGUUUGUUAGCGGUCCUGACUGCUCCUGAAAAAAGUCCAAAGCCAAGGAUGUCAAACAUGCCGCCUUUCGGCUGAAACCGGCCUUACAAAGUUAAAACACAACACGGAGAUCCAAGCCAAGAGAGAAGUUAGGCAGCAUUCAGUGUUCUCCUCCUCCUGGCCAGCAGAUGAGCUCAGCCUCAGAGCCGUGCUGCAGGAGCAAAUCUGUGAAAACCUGCACGCUGAAGGCUGCAGAAAGAAAGUGUCCCCAGAGACGUCGCCCUUUGGCCAACAUUUAAUCUGAAAAUUAGACUGAAGCACAACGUUAAUUCAUUCAAUCCCUCCAGAGGAAACUUUAGGACAUUUUUUGUGGAGUCUUCGCUGUACGUCGCAUCAGGAGGAACUACAAAAAAAAUUGGCCAAAUUUAAAAAUUGCGAUUAAUUUUCAUAAAAAAACAAUUCAAAAUGGGGUAUUAUGAAACUCUGUAGCAAAUUUCAGCUUAUUAAUCAUGUACUCGCUCCUUGCAGCUAAACACAGAGAAUCAUUUGAAUUUAUUGUCAGUUUUGUUUUAUUAUAAUAACAUUGUACUGCUCCAGCCCGUUCAGGUCAUGGCGGCCACUGAACUUUAAUGAAAUGACACUUCAUUGACACAUCAGAGCGCCGGCGUUUAAACCCGUUUCUCCGUCUGGAGCAAAGUUUCACUAAGCACUUUUAAUCCCGGAGUGUGUCAGAGUAACUUCAUUUCCCUCUGUCAAGUCGUUUUCUUCCUCUUCUUCUUCUUCACCUAACAAAUGCCUUCAGCCUUCAUCCUGUCAGCUUUGCCUUUCAUUUCCCAUCAGCACCAGGUUAAUAUUUCAAACCUGCUGGUGAAAACAGUUAAUGAUUAUACAGAGAGGCUGAUCAAUCACCGUCAUGCUGUUUGUAUCCAUGAUCAUUUUUUACUGUGUUUUAACUCCUCUGUUCUGCGUGUGUGUGUGUGUGUGUGUGUGUGUGUGUGUGUGUUUAUGUGUGUGUCUGUGUCCCUUCCCUGUAGCUGAACACUGUGGGAACUCCCAGUCUGUAAGAAAGGACAGGAAUGAGAUCUGAUGCAUGGUGUGGGUUGGAGGGUUUUGUUGGAAAAGAGACCCGCUUCCCGUGUGCAGCUCGACCGCAGUAACACACACACUCACACACACAUACGGCCUGGAGGCAAAGACAGACGCACCCCUUCAUCACUCUUCACAUGCACCCGACUCCAUUUAUAAAGCCUCCUCUCCACCGGGGGAGUCGCUCGGCCUGACCUGAGACUCGGACGUGUUUGUUAUUCUCUGUGCGUUUGCCGAGAAUUGAUCCGUUGCCUCCUCCCAGCCUGACGGGCCGUCGCCGCAGACCGAGUGUUUACUGUAAAUGUACCUGCAGGUUUCGUUGCAGAACUCGUACGUUAAAGGGGAAGUAACAGCUAAGGAACGUAACCUUUUUUCUUUCUUUUUUUUUUUUUUUUUACUUUAGCGUUUACCUCCCAGGCCAGAGACCUCACACUGUCGGUACACACUCCUCUCUGACUUCUGUAGCAAACGUUGUGGCUUCCCCUUUCUUGUCCAUCAGCUUACAAAGACGUGGAACUGUAAUAAGCAGUGCGAUCGUGCAUGGGAGGAACUUUUUAACCAAACACAAAGAGGCAAAGAAACUGACACUACAAAGAUGUUUUUUUUUUUAUAAUAAUAUUAUUACAGGGGAAUGGCUUUUAUUAGAUUUGAAAGUUGUGUCUUUUUUUGUUUGUUUGUUUGUUUGUAGGUUUCAAUUGUUUUACAGGACAAUGAUUUGUCCUCAUGCUGGAACUGGAUCAGGUGUGGUUCAUUGCAGCUCUCUCUCUCUCUCUCUCUCUCUCUCUCUCUCUCUCUCUCUCUCUCUCUUCUUCCUUUGUUCGGUCACUCAUGCCAAGGUUUUUCACCAAACCUGCUAUGCAGGCUGGUACGACUUUAUAGAUUUUAGCUGCAGAACAAUAGAGGCUCAGCAUGCUUCUCUAGCUAACUCCCAAUGUGUUGACUGUUAAUGGUACUGUCCGGUCCACUGAUGUGUGUUUGUGUGUGUGCGUGUGGGUCUGACUGCGAGGUCAUUUUUGAUUUAACUGUUGUGUGUGUGUGCGCGUGCGGUACGUUGUCUGGUCAGUACAAUAAUGAUAUGGUACACUGUCUUCAGCUCGCUGGUGUCGGCACCUUCAGCCAUCAGCUCGGUCCUGUUCUGCUUUUGCACAUUGCUAAAAGAUCAGGAGAGAUAUUUUGGGACUAAUCUGAUGACAACUAUGAUGAGAAUGAUAUUGUACAUGAAUCUAGCGGUCUGUAUUUUGAUACUUGAAUGAUUUUUGCUUUUAUAGAUAUCUAUAUAUAUAUAUAUAGAUAUAUAAAUAUAUGUAUAUGUAUGUAUGUACGUAUGUAAUUUUUUUUUUGACGUUUGUCAAAAGAGAGAAAAGGACUAUGUCUUAUAAAGUAAAACAUAUCGUGAAUAAAUACCCUGUGAUUAAAAAAAAAAGGCUGAGAAAAUGACUCAGAAGAGGGACCUCACUUCAGAAAAAAAGAUUGUAAAUAAUCUUGGGCUUCCAGUCUUUUUUAAUGAUUAUUUUUCAUAAUUGUACAACUAAUAAAAAACGCAGAUAGAAA